AUGGUUACUCACGAAUCAGCCGUUAAAUUGGUUGCUGUGAAUGGCUCAACAAUCACAAGUGUAAUCUUUAUCAUCUUAGUGUCGAUGAUUGCAUUUUGUGGCAACCUCUUAGUUUUCUACGUCGUAGCUCGAAAUCAGCAAUUAUACACAUAUACCAAUGCUUUUAUCAUCAAUAUCGCAGUAUGCCAUUUUAUAGCAUCCAUUAUCGUUACAGCAUUUAUACCACCAUCAUUAAUCAGUGGUCAAUGGAUUUUUGGUAAUUCGACAUCAGGCAAUUAUUCAUGUGAUGCCAUAGGUUUUCUCAUUGUCGUUUUAUUUAAUGUAGCUAUUUUAACGUUAACUGUAAUAAGUUAUAUACGUUACUAUUCUAUAAAAUACCCUAUGACCUAUACACGUUUAAUUAAUAAGAAGCGAUUUUUCAUCUUGAUUACUUAUGUCUGGAGUCAAUCGAUUAUCAUGGCUGUAUUGCCCUUUUUUGAAUCUAUUAGUAGCUAUGAGUAUAACCACGCGGUUGGUUUUUGUACUAUCAAACCAUUGGGUGCUUUUCGUUUUAUCGAUAUCAUUAUUACGUUAAUUCUUCCAUUUCUGACUGUUUUUAUCCUAGCUAUUCGAAUAUUAUGUUUACUUUAUAAAAAUCCUAAAUCUCAAUGGAGGCAUAAAAUAUCGCCAAUGUCGGAUAAUAAUGAUACAGCAUUGCCAGUUAAUUCAUAUAGUCCUAGGCGGCGAAGUUAUCAUCCUCAUAAUACUAUUGAUAAACAGGUUACAUACACGUUAUUAGUUGUUGUCUUUGUUAAUUGGGUUCUUUGGUUACCAUUAAUUGUUGUUAUGCUCUUGGAUUCAUCUCUGUUUGGUAAUCAAAAAUCAGCUGAAUUAGCUGUUUAUUUGUUAGCUUUUAGUAGUAUUAGCAUUAAUCCUAUGAUGUACGGCGCAUUAAAUCGCAAUUUUCGCGAAGGUGUGACUGAAUUAAUAACACGUUGGACGCAGCAUUGCUCCCUUUAUAGCUGUGUCUGCUUUACUCAUGAUGAAGAUUCCAAUGUUAAUUGGUUAUGCUAUCGAAAAAGGAAGAUUAAUAUUUACAUUCAAGAAGCAUAA